GACCCGUGACGUGACAUAGAAGAAAUGUCUGGGGAUUGGUCAGAUUCAUCAGAUGAGAGUUACUGUGGUGACUACACUCCUAUGGAGGAAACAUGGACGCCACCGACAGGAAUACAUUUGCCAAUAUUUACUGACAACAGUGCAAACGCCGGAGACUCCAUGCCGGAACAGGAUUUCAUAUUACCAUGGCAGUUAGCUUGGACUAAAACAGUUGUGGUUAUUGAUAACGGGGAAGUUAUUGAACAAAAGGAGUUUUCUUCAUCAUUGUCUCCGGUCAAAAUGCAGUUCCUUUUCCCAGAAUGCACUUUUGUAGCUGCCACUAAGUCGAUUAUACUAAAAUUAUGGUUGGCUGAGGAGAAGCAUUACAGAGGUUCACACUUUCAAAAGAUUUCUCCAACUUUACAAUUGCAGAAUGAGGAAUAUGUAGACAUGUCAGGUAUCCAUGCGACAAAGGAAUCUAGUCAGUUGUGUUCUUCCAUCGCAAACAUGCACGUCAGUAAUGAUUAUGAAAAGUUCAAAGAUACAUCCUAUGAUCACACUUGCGACGUUGGAAACCAACGCAGAAUGAAAUGGAUUGUGAAAUCUGAUAAUCCGACCAGAAUCAAGACAAAACUACAGGAAGCUAUGAGAAGAUUAGAGAGUGAAUUAAAGUGUACUCUAUCAAUUGAUAGUAUUGAGAUAAAAAGGCAGCAGUUUGCACAAUGGUUCCAUCCGAUGAAAGAUUUUCUUGUUGUUCUUUACCAUGGAUCAGCUGAACAAGUACCAGCUGAUGUUAUAUGUCAAUCAAACAAACAUAUUAUAUGUUCGCAGUCAGCAGAUCAAGCUGUUUCCAUGAGCACAGAAACAAACGGACUCCCACAUUGUAUGGUGGCAAACUUUUCUGUUUUAACACCGUCAUCAAAACACACAAAAGACAAAUCUUCAUUAAUUGGGCGAAAUAUCGACAACCUUUUGAGUGUAGUAGACAAAAAACAAUUAUAUACUUUAGUCAUUCCUUCGGAAGUUAUUAGUGACAAUCCGGUAGUAUUUGCAGAAAACUUUUGUGCAUCUAUUCAUUCGUACGUUAAUAGGGCUACCAGUAUAAAGACAAUCUAUGUCUGUAAUGAGAAUAUGACAGUGAUAAUAAAACUGAUGGACACAUUAAAAACGGGGCUAUCUUUUCUGCACUUCUAUGAUUUGUCGAAAAUGUUUGAGGAUCCAAAUAGAGCAGUUACUCCUGCAGUUCCUUCAUUGAAAAUCGAACUCGUACAAGGAAACAUAGAAAAACAAAAAACGGAUGUUCUGGUAAACAGUGUUGGAAGAGACCUCGAUCUAACAAGAGGUGCUGUAUCUAUUUACAUGUUACAGGAAGGGGGAGAUGAAAUCAUGUCUGACUGUAGACGUCAACAUCCUACUGGUGUUGAUUAUGGAGAGAUUGUACAAACCACACCUGGAAAAUUACAAUGCAAAGCUAUUUACCAUUUUUCAGUUCCUCCUUGGACAAAAAAUGCUAAUUUUUCUUUACAGAUACUAGCAAAAGCAGUUUUUGAUUGCCUGACAUUAGCAUCAAACUCAAAGUACAAAACAAUAGCUUUUCCGGUUCUUGGUACUGGAACCUUGCACUAUCCUUGGAAGGGUGUCUGUCGUACAAUGGUCGACACGAUAAGAAAGUUCGGGAGAAUGUGUCAUGAUACCACUCUCAAAGUAGUUCAGGUUGUAUUAUUUCCAGACAAUACAAAAUCCAUUGAGAUGUUCGAAGACUAUUUAACUGUACCAGAUAAACCAGAAUUAAUUGCUCAAGACCCUGUUAAGCCGCCAAGGUUUAUCUUUGAAGCCAGAUGUAAAAAUGUUAACAUUUCAUUGAUGCCUUUGUCUGAACUCCGAUUUCACAAUUGUGAAUGUUGUGUGGAAAUAUGUAAUGCAUGCAGAGAAAAUCUUGGGUCAUUGGUUCCUGAGAACAGUAGAAAUAGUUAUACUGAAUGUCGUGUAAAGCGGUUCAGGCUAUUUUCUGAUGGCAGCGAGAAUCAUUUCAAGAAAGCAGUGAAGAAAGCAUUAGAAAUGACAGUCUUUGAAAGAGUCUCAUCUCUUGCUAUAAGACUGAUGGACGAAAUGGAUUCUUUGUCAUAUAUGAGACAAGCAAGACUUAUCAGAGACACUGCGUGUGAGGGUGACAGAUGUAGAUAUUUACAAUAUAUCCAGUUGAUCAUUCUUGAUAGAUCUGCAUAUGACAAACUGUUAAUGGAAAACGAAGGAAAUAAAGAAGUGAACAAACGGUUUUCUUUCUUUGGUGGAGAAGUGAAGCAAAGAUUUAGAAAAGUCUGUUAUUAUGAUGUUCCUCAACACUCGACGCUUGUUAUCUCAGCUACUGCUACUAACGACAAUACAAUACCUCUGACAAUAGAUGGAGAAAUUAAAAAAGUGUUAUCCGAAGCAGCAAAAGAGGUUUGA